AUGGGGAUGCCAAAUGUCAGCAAAGGAGGUGACUUUAUCCUGGUUGGUUUUUCUGAGCAGCCCCAGUUAGAGAAAAUCCUAUUCGUGGUUGUCUUGAUCUCCUACCUCUUGACCCUGAUAGGCAAUACAACUAUCAUUCUGGUCUCCUGUCUGGAUCCCAAACUUUGUACUCCAAUGUAUUACUUCCUCACCAAUCUCUCCCUCAUUGACCUUUGCUUUACUACAAGUAUUGUUCCCCAACUUUUGUGGAACCUAAGAGGACCAGCCAAGACCAUAACUCCUAUAGGCUGCGCUAUACAACUCUAUGUUUCUUUGGCAUUGGGCUCCACUGAAUGUGUUCUCCUUGCUGUCAUGGCAUUUGAUCGGUAUGCUGCUAUCUGCCAACCACUCCACUAUGCUACUGUCAUGCAUCCAAGAUUAUGUCAAGCACUUGCAGGUGUGGCAUGGGUUAGUGGGUUGGGAAAUACACUGAUACAGAGCACUAUCACCCUUAAUCUACCUCUGUGUGGGCAUAGGAAGUUGUACCAUUUCAUGUGUGAGGUACCUGCUAUGAUAAAGCUGGCCUGUGUGGAUAUUCAUGCCAAUGAAAUUCAGCUUUUUAUGGCCUCCUUAAUCUUGCUCCUUCUUCCACUGGGAUUGAUCUUAAUCUCCUAUGCACUUAUUGCCCAGGCAGUAAUAAAAAUCAGGUCAGCCAAAGCUUGGAAAAAGGUUCUGAGAACAUGUGGAUCCCAUAUUUUGGUGGUGACCCUCUUCUAUGGCACCAUCACAGCUGUCUACAUUCAACCCAAUAGCUCCUAUGCACAUAAGCAAGGCAAGUUCAUCACUCUCUUAUAUACAGUGGUGACACCUACACUCAAUCCCCUCAUUUAUACUCUGAGGAACCAAGAUAUGAAGGAUGCACUGAAAAGGCUGGUAAGAAAAAAUCUAAACUAA